GCCCUCUUUGCGAAACGCUCUUAAUUCUCACAUCAGUCGCCCAGAUCCCCGCCAGUUCAUUCACGAUCAGGCCGACAGCUUGCAGGCAAGCAUGGAGCCGCAUAAUUUGCAGGCGGCAUCAAACUAUAUCAAUAAUGUGCUACUUGCCCGGGGGCUGCUGAAGAGCGGCAGGCCCAUCGAUUUCGCCCAGCCGGAGAAUGAGGAGGGUGGCGCGGGUGCUACAAUGGCGCGGGUCAUCAACCUGGUGAAUGACUUAGUUUUGAGGAGAGAUCGCGAAGCCGAGCACCGAGAGAACCUAGCUACUACGAUCCGGACCUUGCGAGCGGAGGAUUCUGAAAAGACACUGGAGAUUGAGAAACUCAAGGCGAAGGCAUCCGAAUUGACUCGAUCGGUCGCUUUAGCGGAAGCGCAAGAACGUGCCCAGAAAGCCAACGCAGCGAGUGCAGACGCUACAGUGAGACAAAUGAAAGAUCAAGUGCAGCGUAUGAAAACCACGAUUCAACAAGUUCGGGCUCAGUGCGCCAACGAUAUCCGCAAGCGUGACAUGGAGAUGCAAAGACUGAAAUCCCACCUAGCUGAACGCCAGAGAGGAAAACGGGAAGGGCUAGGUGUAACAACCAUUAACAUAAACCCUGCAGUCGAUCGAUCAUCUAAAGCGAAGCAUAUGUCGGGCGGCGAAAACGUUAACGACUCAGGCUACAGUCUCAAGCAGGAAACGAACGAUUUCCUGACGGAGUUGUGCCAGAAUCUAAGCGACGAGAAUGAUACCCUGAUCAUGCUUGCGCGGAACACUGUCCAAACUUUGAAGGACUUGCAAGGCUUGCCACAGAAUGGGGAAGGUGAAGAGUACACCGACGGCGCAAGCGUAGGAGCUCAGAAAUCAUCACACGGCCCUGUGACUACGUUUCCGACUUCCUGCGAAGAUCUGUCGAACCAGAUGGAUAGGGUGCUUGAGCAUCUGAGAACACUGCUUACCAACCCCUCUUUCGUACCGCUCGAAGAAGUCGAGGUGCGCGAUGAAGAGAUUAAGCGGCUACGGGAAAGCUGGGAGAAGAUGGAGAGCAGGUGGAAACAGGCUGUUACAAUGAUGGAUGGGUGGCAUAAACGAAUCGCCGAUGGUGGUGGUUCAGUGCAAGCGGAGGAGUUGCGCAUGGGAAUGAGACUCGACCUUAGCGUAGACUCGGCUCAUGAUCUUGGAACGGCCGAUGAGGAAGAGACGCAGAUCAAAUCACCGAUUUAUGAGGAUCAAGAGGCUGAAGAGGAAGAAGAAGCCGCAGAUAAGCCCACCCAGGAGAGUGUCGAACCGCCCCUAACUCGUACUGAAACACAGCCACCGACACGCGAGGAAAGGUCACAGAAGAGUGCCGACCGUGCGCUGAAAGAACGAAACGACAAUGUUCGACCUGCACGAUUGCCACGAAAGGUGUCUUUUACACCCGGGCUUCAAGGGUCACCCUGUGAACCCAGCGGUGAAGAUGAUACGUUGCCAAUAAAAGCACAUCAGUCUGAGACAGUGACGCGCAGAUCCUCGAGAAGGAGACCGGAGACCAAGACGUGGUGUCAGGCAACCAGCCAGAGUAGCAGACCACGUGAGCCGAGAAAGCCAGGUCUGACAAAGGAACAAGGUCCUAGUUCCCAGACUCGUAUGAGUGUCUCACAGAAACUAGCUGCCGCCGAAAGCGAAGCCCGCGCUGCAGAACAAGCCCGCAAAGAAGGCGAGAGCCGUAAGAGAGGCCGCGCAGCAAAAGAUUCCAAAGGAAGCCAGGAUCGACGAAGAAGCACUCUGACCCAUGAUGAGCUCGGCGAGCUGAUGGGGAUGGCAACCCGGUAAACAAGCUAUUGUAAGCCAAUGUGUUUAGGAUAUGAUUUGUUUGAUACCCUCUAGUGUAUAUACUCUCUGCUUGCUGCCUGUUAGCUGUACGAUCGUCACGACCUGACCUGACCUGAUCUGGCGUAUGGGAAUUCUUCUACCAU